AUGAUUUGCCAGGAUCCUGCAAAGAUAGUUAAUGCAGACAGAGAGGUCCGUGCAUUACAAGCACUCCAACAUCCAAAUGUCAUAACUUAUCAUAUGUACUGUACCGAAGGUAGUUUCGUUUAUAUUGCUUUAGAUCUCUGCAGAGGAACUCUAAUUGAUUGCAUCGAUGAUGACAAGAAAAAAGACAUUGAUGGGCAACCUUUGUUGCCAAAUUCUGACAAUUUGCUCGUUAGACUGACUUCAAAUCAAACUGACACAGUUAUUGUUGAGCAAGAUCGUGAUUGGAUGUUCAAAAAGCACCUAUUGCAAGGCAUAGCAGCAGGGUUAAGUUAUCUUCAUGGGGGAAAUAGUAGUAAUUUUAUUAUUAUCCAUGGCGAUCUUACACCCCAGAAUGUCCUGAUAAAAUCAGAUGAAUCCAAUCAUUAUGGAUUAAAAGCAAUAAUAUCUGAUUUCGGAUUUUGCCGUGAAUUAACUCAUGGAGAAACAAGUAUAUCUGCUUCUCAGGCUGCUGUAGGAACAAAUGGUUGGAUGGCUCGAGAGCAGCUCAUGCUAAACGAAAGGAUUUCUACUGCUACUGAUAUCUUUGCAUUUGGCUGUAUUGCUCAUUAUGUCCUAUCUCCGAACAGAGCAAAGUCUAUUAUUCAUCCUUUUGGAACUAGCGAAAAGAGGAAUAAAAUGAUUGAAAAAGACAAAAGGAUAUGUUACCUUUACGAAAAUGCGCCUAGGAGUUUUAUUUUUAAAGGCGACUUGAUAUUGGCUGAUAUCAUGAUAGGGUUGUGUGUCAAGACAAAACGCACUGUUCGACCCCAUGCUGAUGAAAUCCUUAGCAGCCCAUUUUUUUGGGGCUAUGACAAAAAGAUGCUGUUGUUAGAGCAGAUUUUUAAUGAGUACAAGGAUAACAUACAGCAAGUUGAGAAACUGUAG